AUGAAAAGGAAUUCCUCCUCAGCAAGCAAGUUCCUAACUCUAUUUGACUCAUUGCUGGCGAGGGCAGAAAUCCUUGACCUAGUCUUUUCCGUACAGGACAGCAUCUCCCACAUUUAUGCAAUGCCGCCGCUCUCUACAUCUGAUCAUACCACUGUCGCCUUUACCAUGCCUACAAUCAUCAGGGAUGAACGUCCUACCCUCAUUCGAGACUUUAAACUUGCAAACAAAGAUGUAAUCGCUUAUCAUCUAUCUCGUAUGAACUGGUAUGAAAUCUUUGAUAACUAUCAAAGCAUCGAUGAAUUAUAUGGACGUUUUUGCGAUAUCAUCACUACCUUAUCGAUUCAUUCUUACCCGGCCCACAUAAGAAACCUACUCCAACAGCGAGAAAGACUGUUCUUCCAGAUAAGUCAUCCUGUGAAAUCCGCUGUCUAUCAAAAAAUCAAUAAAUAUCUAGAUCGCCACUUAAAACGUUUCCAAGCACAUGGAAUAAAAAAGCUUAGAGGUACCCGUAACUUAAAACAGCUUCCGGCUCAAAUAAAGACGUUCAUCAAUAAUGCUCCAGUGGAACAGGUUCCUGAAGGGUUAGAUGGAAAAAAUAUAUAUCACCCGGAAAGAGAAAGGCGAAGCUUUGGCUGA